AUGCUGUUACGAUCCCUUGCUAUCUGUGCUGCGAUUUCUGUUACUUUGGGCUGCGGCGACGAUGAUGGGCAUGUCCAUAGGCGCAGUAAGAGAGCGAAUCCGUCGUCUCCAUUAACUCCACCAUCUCGACCUUUGGAGUGGGGGGACAUCAAUAUCAUCCAUACGACGGACACUCACGGAUGGCUACUUGGUCACCAAAAGGAGUCCUUCCCGGAGCCAAACUACAGUGGCGAUCUAGGUGACUUGUCGUCGUUUGUGGCACGUAUGAAGGAAAUAGCGAUCGAAAAAGAUGUGGACCUUUUGCUCGUCGACUCCGGAGACAUACACGAUGGCACAGGUCUAUCUGAUGGUUACCCACCUGGCGGUGUCGACGGUCGUGAGACCACUCAAUUCUUAGCCCAACUCCCUUAUGAUGUUAUGGCCAUUGGAAACCAUGAACUCUAUGUAUAUGCUGAUACCCUCGACAUGUAUCAGAAUUUGGCACCGAAGCUCAAUGGGCGAUAUCUUUCAUCGAACGUCAAUAUCACCGUUGCCGAUCAGAACAACAAUACAAUCGACGUACCCGUAGGUAAUCGGUUCGCCAAGUUCAAGACACGAAAAGGUCGAUCAGUCACAGCUUUGGGAGUUAUAUUCGACUUCACUGGGAACUAUCACAACACUACUGUUCAGAAGGUCGAGGAUAUGGUGAACGAGCCUUGGUUUUUAGAAGCUAUUCAGGAAGAACCGGACUUCUUCUUGUUGGCUGGGCACAUGCCUGUUGCUCGCGACAAAUGGCCUUUCGUGUUUGAUGCUGUACGUGCUGUUCAUCCAACUACACCCAUCAUUAUACUUGGCGGUCAUACUCAUAUUCGGGACUGCCUCCAACUCGACGGACGAUCUAUGUCAUUGGAGAGUGGGCGUUAUAUGGAAACUAUUGGCUGGAUGAGUCUUAAGCUCGACGAAGAGAAUGAAUUCGAAAACUUAACUUUCAGUCGGCGCUAUCUGGAUAAUAAUCGUGUCACUUAUGAGUAUCACACUAGACAAGACAUGUCUUCAUUCGACACGACAAAAGGCCAAGAAAUUACCGCAGGAUUGAAUCAAUUGUUUGUUGAUUUCGACCUCGGGCUCACAUAUGGAACAGCUCCACAGGAUUAUACGUUAACCCAAGUUCCCUACCCUUCCAACAGUUCCCUGCUAUCCCUUUUUGCUGAAUUAGCCACACCGUACGCGUUAUCUCUUAACAACACUCGUGCCGAUAUUCCAAACUACGUGGUCAUAAACUCCGGUUCACAGCGUUUCGAUAUUUACUCCGGAACAUUCAACAAGAAUGACCGGCUCACUGCCACUCCAUUCACAGAUACCUUCUUUUACAUCCCUGGGGUACUACGCUCUGCCGCACUAGAAACCGUUCAAGCUCUAAACCAGAAUGGUGCAGCCAAUCGGCGGAGUUUGGAGAAAGAGGAGGAGUUGUAUGCAUCGGGCGACGUGCGAGCGAGGUACAUGGAGUGGCUAAGCGAGAUGGACCGAAGGUACCAUCAACUAGAAAGACGCAAUGACUAUGUUACAGAUGAUUUGAACUUGGGAUAUGUUACGACGGACUCUUGCCCGGGUGUCGGUGACGAUACACUUCAUAUCCCACUUCCAUACUACGAUGUUCCCGACUUCAUUGCCUCGAAUCCGCCUAACGUGUCAAACGACACGCUUAUUGACUUUGUCUUUGUCGAUUUUAUAGAAACUCAGCUGUUGGAGACCUUGAAUACCGUUCAAACGGAAAAGGUGUACACAACAGCUGAUGUGUCGAUGUAUAGCACUGUGGAAUUGAAUGAAAUUAUGGGCCUAUACGCGCAAUAUGCGUGGAACCAGUGA